GUCGCCGGUGACGUGGCUCCUCGGAAAGGCUCUUCCCGGGUGUUGUGCCAGGCUCCUGGGCUCCGGACACCUCCAUUCACCGGACAGAGCUGUGCCAAAAAAUCCAGCACUACCUGUGCCGGUAAACAAAGAACCGACAGGCGUGUCGUUGUUUUGUGUGUGUCUUUUUUUUUUAAAGAGGUAGCCGGUUGAAUCAGCCGUUGACUGUUGCUGCAGGCAAUGGAGUCGCAUGGCAACUCGCAUAAGAAACAGAAGCUCGGCAACGCAACCGAGAACUGGGGAAUGCAACGUGCAACUAAUGUCACCUACCAAGCGCAUCACGUGAGCCGAAACAAACGUGGCCAAGUUGUGGGCACAAGAGGAGGAUUCAGGGGAUGUACCGUUUGGCUGACUGGUUUGUCCGGUGCUGGGAAGACCACAGUGAGCAUGGCUCUGGAGGAGUACCUUGUCUGUCAUGGUAUCCCCUGCUACACCCUGGAUGGAGACAACAUCCGCCAGGGACUGAACAAAAACCUUGGUUUCAGCCCAGAGGACCGUGAAGAGAACAUUAGACGCAUUGCUGAGGUGGCCAGGCUUUUUGCUGAUGCCGGACUUGUCUGUAUAGCCAGUUUCAUCUCUCCCUACAGCAGGGAUCGCCUUAAUGCCAGAAAGAUCCACGAGGCUGCAGGGCUGCCUUUCUUUGAGGUUUUCGUCGAUGCCCCACUGGACGUCUGUGAGCAGAGGGACGUAAAGGGGCUGUACAAAAGAGCCAGAGCAGGGGAGAUCAGAGGUUUCACUGGCAUUGACUCUGAGUAUGAGAAGCCAGAGGCUCCAGAGCUGGUGCUGAAGACUGACUCCUGCAGUGUGAAUGAGUGCAUACAACAGCUUAUUGACCUGCUUCAGGAGAGGGAUAUAGUUCCUGUUGAUGCUUCAUAUGAAGUGAAAGAGCUCUAUGUUCAGGAGAAUAAGUUGGACUUGGCUAAGGCUGAUGCAGAGACUCUUCCUGCUGUGCAGAUUGGAAAGGUGGACAUGCAGUGGGUGCAGGUGCUGGCUGAAGGCUGGGCCACUCCUCUGAAUGGCUUCAUGAGGGAGAGAGAGUUUUUGCAAUGUCUUCAUUUUGACUGUCUGCUGGAUGGUGGUGUGAUCAACCUGUCGGUGCCUGUGGUGCUGCCAUUGUCGACUGCCGAUAAAGAGCGCUUGGAUGGCGUGACCGCGAUGGCCCUCGUUUACGAAGGCAGACGAGUGGCCAUCCUCCGCAACCCUGAGUUUUAUGAGCACCGAAAAGAGGAGCGCUGUGCUCGGCAGUGGGGCACCACCUGCAAGGACCAUCCCUACAUCAAGAUGGUGAUGGAAAGUGGGGACUGGCUGGUUGGUGGAGACCUGCAGGUUCUGGACAGGAUCUACUGGAAUGAUGGACUCGACCAGUACCGACUGACGCCCACUGAGCUCAAACAGAAGUUUAAAGAAAUGAAUGCAGAUGCCGUAUUUGCCUUCCAGCUCCGCAACCCGGUCCACAACGGCCACGCUCUUCUGAUGCAGGACACCCACAAGCGCCUCAUCGAGCGAGGCUAUCGCCGGCCCGUUCUGCUGCUCCAUCCGCUGGGAGGUUGGACCAAAGACGAUGACGUGCCGCUGCCCUGGAGAAUGAAGCAACACGCCGCCGUGCUGGAGGAGGGCGUCCUGAAGCCAGACUCAACUAUUGUUGCUAUUUUUCCCUCACCCAUGAUGUAUGCGGGGCCAACUGAGGUCCAGUGGCAUUGCAGAGCACGAAUGGUGGCUGGGGCCAACUUCUAUAUUGUGGGUCGUGACCCUGCGGGCAUGCCCCACCCCGACACUGGAAAGGACCUGUACGAGCCCACUCACGGAGCCAAAGUCCUCACCAUGGCUCCAGGCCUCAUCACGCUUGAGAUCGUACCCUUUAAGGUCGCUGCUUACAACAAGGUCAAAAGAGCAAUGGACUUUUAUGAGCCCAAAAACCAUCAAGAUUAUGAUUUCAUCUCAGGCACACGCAUGCGUAAGAUGGCCCGCGAGGGGGAGAACCCUCCCGAUGGCUUCAUGGCGCCGAAGGCCUGGGCCGUGUUGAAAGAAUACUAUAAGUCACUGGAGAAGGCCUAAAGGUUGAGUCCAAGAUGAAAGAAAAAAAAAAACAUGGGAACACAGUGGUUUCUGCUGAUGUUUAAAAUGAUGAAUGUGGGGACCACUCACUCACCUCUGUCAAAAAAACCCUCGCUCUGGCUUGUGUCUGUGUCACUUUUACACUGAGCUGUCAGUCACCAGACUGAUCUCAGUCGUUUUUAACGGUCCUGUUUUAGCUGUACCCGCUUCAUUUAACUCUACUCUGUGAAAUAUAAUAGCAAAGGUAAACCGUAGGGUCAAGUUUUUCAGCGUAGAUGUUCUCACUAACAUUAUGACUGGUUGCAAUAUCAUGUGAAAAUAUAACGGUGAAGACAGCUCGCGGUGACCUGUGUGGAAAGCGCUGUUGAGCAGCGCUUUAAUAUUCAGGAAUGAACGUCGAGUUUGUGCGAAAUCCAAAUUUAAACGGUUGUGUCUGAGCCCCGACACAAGUUGCUUUGUACCGUGUACGUGCAAGUGGCUGUGGUGCCGAAGUAUUCGGAGUGAAAGUUGAGUGCCUUGGUCUUCAGAGAAAUCGACUCACAUGAUGUCUUGUUUGCUUUAGGACACACACGCACACACACACACACACACCUGCUUUUUAGCCACCUGUCGUAUUAUUGCACUGAAACGGCCGAAAAAUUUCUGCAAAACAGAUCAGCAUGAAAGAUAUGCAACCCUCAUAAACAUUUCAGCCAGACUUUUAUAUUUAUUCUCUCCUAACAUUAUCUCUUUUUGACGUCGUCGUGCUUGUAGUUUCUGUGCUUCAACCUCUUGGUAUUUUGUUACUUUUUCAUCAUUUCUAUCUUCUUUUUUUUUUUCCUUCUCAUGGUCUGCUAAUAUUUUCCAUGUGGUAAUUCGUUUUUAAAGAGUUGGCCUGUAUCAUCAGAUGGUUGAAGGUUACUGAGGGAUCAGAUUUGUAAUCUUCCUUGUCCAAUAAACCAUUUUUAUCUAAAAAAAAAA